GUAGGGGAGGUGUGGAAGGAGAGAUUGUAAUCAGCUGCAGAAGAGAAGACCGAGGAGAACAAUGCUGUGUGGAAGCCAACCGAAGUUGGAACAACAACGAGGAACCCUGACCUGGACCAUUGACGAGGGUGACCAACCCCACCAGGAUCGCAUGACAGGAGGGCCGCCAUGGAUCUGGUGUUGAACGUCGCCGACCACUACGUGUUGACGCCCUACGUGUACCCGGCGUCGUGGGCCGAGGACGGCGCCCUGCGGCAGAUCCUCAGCCUGCUGGUGGUGACCAACCUCGGGGCGGCGGCGCUCUACCUGAUCCUGGGAGCCAUCAGCUACUACUUCGUCUUCGACCACAGCCUCAUGAAGCACCCGCACUUCCUCCAGAAUCAAGUUCGGCGGGAGAUCAGAUACGCGCUGACCUCGCUUCCCUGGAUCAGCAUUCCCACCGUGGCGCUGUUCUUCGCCGAAGUCCGAGGUUACAGCAAGGUGUACGACAACGUCCACGACUCGCCCUUGGGUUGGACCGGACUCUUCCUGAGUAUGAUCUCCUUCCUGCUCUUCACCGACAUGUGCAUCUACUGGAUUCACCGCUUCCUGCAUCACAAACUUUUUUACAAGCUUUUCCACAAGCCGCACCACGUGUGGAAGAUCCCCACUCCGUUCGCCAGCCACGCCUUCCACCCGGUGGACGGCUUCAUGCAGGGGCUCCCGUACCACAUCUACCCCUUCCUCUUCCCGCUCCACAAGGUGCUCUACUUGGCGCUGUACGUCUUCGUCAACAUCUGGACCAUCUCCAUCCACGACGGCGACUACCGCGUGCCCGCCGCCAUGACGGGGGUCAUCAACGGCUCGGCUCACCACACCGACCACCACCUCUUCUUCGACUACAACUACGGCCAGUACUUCACUCUGUGGGACCGCCUGGGCGGCUCCUACCGCCACCCGUCGGCGCUGAUGGGGAAGGGCCCGCGCGACCUGAUCCGCAAGCUUCAGGCGGAGGGGAAGCUGGCGAACGGCGGCGUGAACGGAGUGCGAGGUGCAACGUGCAAAGAGGAGUGACACUUGCGGGGAAUCUUUCAAAGACAAUCACUUAAACGGUAGGGAAGGGAUUCAUAUGGCCCCAUUCCUGGGUGGAUCUCGUGUGAGAGGAAGAGGCGGGGUCAAUCAUUUGCAAUGCAGUCUGCCUGAAAUGACGGAAAGUUCCACUCUCCGUAGCAAGUUGGAAUUUUAAGAUAUUCAACACUAAAGUGGAUAGCGAACGCCCCAAAUUUGUCACGUUUCAUGUGUCAGGUAAGCCGCAACUAAUAGGGGCAUCUGAAUCCCCUUCUUACUGUAUUUACAGAGCUGAGAGUACUUUGGCAUCUUGUAUUUGCCAAAUACGUAUUUUUAAAUUCCAUCUGGAAAACUUUGAUACUCAAAGUACUUGUAUCCAAGACUUUGUUGAUGAAUAAAAAGAUGCACUUUA